GGCGUACUACACGUCUACAUCCACGUUCCUGAGGAUGUGCCUUACACUAUGAGCAUACCUACCUAGGUACAUACACUCAGCAACUAUGAUACCUUUCUUUCUAACAACAACUACAUAACAUACUUGGAAUAAAACUCUCAUAGAUUCGAUACCCUUCUUUCUAAAUACGUACAUACAAACAAACAUACAUACUACUUAUACAGCAGUGCUGGCAAUAAUCUCUCGAUAACUUCGUCUAAGAAAGAUCUUACAAAAUCGUAAUAAUUCAUUCCCCAGCCGUUGUUGUGUUCGGCUGCCUGCGUCUUCCUCCCCUUUGUGCUUCCCCUCCUAAACCUAGCCUCGGCGGUCGAUCGCGUACAACGCGCUUGUGUGUCUUUGUCCCUCUUGCGAGUUGUCGAAUCAACUCUUCGACGUAAUAACCUAAACCGACGUUUACCUCAUUUGCGAUACAGUCCUUAAUCUCCUCCCUUCCUCCUUCUGGCCUACCCCGUUGGCGAUAUUCGUUGCGAUAAUUUGCAAUCCGAGUUGAGCUCCUAACCGAGCUCCUCCGCUGGCGAGCAGGAAACUGCCCCGGCCAUCCUGCUAGCAUCGCCCUAUGCCCGGUUCGUCUACCCGCGAUACCUCUCCCACCUCGUCCUCCUCCGUGGGGAAAAAGAGUCGUAAUAAACGAACCUCGAAGCUUACUGGAAGUGAUACCUCAGGUCCAAAGAAGAAGGAUAAGAAUGUUAAAGAAAGCGGCGGGGUUGUCGCAGCGGUGACGAGACAUGGGGCUAAGUUCUCGAGCAGUAUUGAUGCCAGCGAUGCAUCUCCGCCCGAUGACUCUCCUCUGGUGUCUCCGGAGCUGAAACCUACCGGUCCCGCAUCAAUACCCAGGAACGGCAAUGCAGCCUUCUCCCCGAUGUCAGAUGCCGCUUCAACAGCCUCGGUUUCUGCCAGCACGGCCCCAAGUGCCAAUGACUGGGCGCGAGCAAUGGGUCACCUAGCUGGUUCGCCUUCAAACUUGAUAAGUAUCAUGGGCGACUCUCCACCGACUCAACCGUCCUCAUACGAGGAUCCGCGGUCUUUACCGUAUAACUGGAGUACGCAGCAGCAACGGCAACACUUUGUGAAUGGUCAUGCUUAUUCAGCUUCCCCUCCUAUUGGUAUUAAACGACCCUUGAGUUUCCAAUUAGAUGCACACUAUGCCACGAACGACAUUCGCUCUCAGGCAUCGUCGCCGCCUGGAGCGCGAAGAAGCUCAAUGCAUUCGCCAUACCCACCACCCCGGAUUGGAUCUCACCCGCCAUUGCCUCAUCAGCCGCAAGCGCACUUCUACGGAGCUCCUGAUAUAGACUUCGAUUUGAAUGGUAAAACUGGGUUGAAACCGGGUGAGAGGGGCUUUUACUUCGGAUUCGACAUUCUUCCCAACCCUAGCGGGGUCCAGUCAUCUGGUAGUGAUAAUGUUGUUCUCGCGGGUUACGAAGGCGGUAUCGAUAUUUACAGCGCCACAAAGCAUGCUGUUGAACCGCUUGCUAGCUUGAAAGGGCUGCGGGGCGGGGUUUACAAUGCGAAGAUUCUACCGUGGAAUGGCAUGUCCGAUCCGCAUGGCAUCUUUCCUUUGAUUGCACUUGUUGUUCAUGGGCCGGUGGUACCACCAGCGACCCCUGAGAUUGCUGUUGACCAACACUCUGAUGAGUCGUCAAGUCCGCGAAUGGGUGGCAUUAAUACGCCACAAUCAGACAGCCAUCAGCGACAAAUCAACGUUGGGAAGACAUUACCAAUAAUUGAUGCCUACCAGACCACUGUCGAGGUAUAUUCUUUAACAACGAAUAUGCUUAUUGAUGUGCUGUUACAGGCACCAAAAACCUCAAUCAAGACCCUAGUAACAAACCCAGUGUUUAGAAGUCCACCACCAACGGGUGCUUUUCAACUUCGCGCCGACGCUGGAAAUAUCAUAGUUUCUUCAGGAGUCACUGGUGAAUGCUGGAUCUAUCGACAGGUGCAAUCCGAGCAGGAACCCGGGUGUCAAUUUUGUUGUAUAGGCAAGGUAUGGACGAGUUUGAGCGGCGGUUUAUUAUUACCUGAGGACGAUGAUAGCCAGAGCUCGCCCCCCACAGGCAAGCGCCCUCAGAUGCCCAUUGUCGCAAUUAAUGGCAGAUGGUUGGCGUAUUGCCCACCUGCACCGUCACCUCAGAAAUCGCUUAGUCCGUAUAUUCCUGUACCGCUAGAAGGCAAAGCGCCCGGCUUAACAACUCUUGCUCCUCCUAUUUUGCCAAAUGAGACGGCGGACGUCGACCAACCCGUCCCCGACGGCGUAAUGAACCGGAUAAUGAGGGAAACUACCCAGGAUUUCAUACAAGGAGCUCGGUGGGUUACGAAACAGUCGGCUCAGCUUUGGAAAAACUACUGGUCCAAGCCGGGUCAACAGGCACAACCUCGCCAGUCCCAGAUGGGCUCACCACCCUGGAAUGGUGGGUACUUGGGAAGAUCGGAUGCAUCACAAUUUCCUCCGACAUACGGAAUUCCUGGUCAGGCUGUAACUAAGGAACCAGGUCUGGUAUCAAUUCUGGAUUUGCAUAGUUUACCAAAUUCCGCCGCAAUCCAUCACGUUACUACAUUCAAAGCACCGCUCGGUUGCAGCUUCGUUUCGUUUUCCCCAACUGGUCUUUCUAUAUUCACUGCGAGUAGCAAAGGAGACGUGCAGACAGUGUGGGAUUUGAUGCGUAUUCAGCACACAAAAUCUUCAGCCUUGCAGAACCCGCAGUUAACUAACGGCCACACAACGAGAGUAAGGCAGGUCGCACAGUUUUCGCGUAUGACUGUCGCUCGCAUCGUUGACGUAGCGUGGGCAAGGCCAAACGGGGAGCGAGUUGCGAUGGUCACCGAGAGAGGCACAGUACACUUGCUCGAUAUGCCACCGAGUGCGUUUACAUGGCCCCCUCCCCGCCGUCGGGUUAGAGUUGAGGAUGAAUUGCCUAAGGGUGCUGAAAACGCGCCAUCAGCGGUUUCGCUGGCAUCAAAUGCGCUUAGUUCUGCUUACGGUGCUACUCGGACUUUGACUUCCCGCCACCGUCGUAUAAGCUCGAACUCGCAAACGCCGUCUACUAUCAUGGACCGUGCUGGAUAUGGAGGUAAGGUGCUUGCUGCAGGAAUUAGUCAUUCCUUGGGAAACGCAGGGACCGCCAUCAGUCAGUUACGCCAUACGGGCGAGAACCGUGUUAGCCUCCCGCCCGGUAGUAUGUCACCUGGCCCUUUCUGUGCGACAUGGAUUACUGGCAAGAAGUAUCAUACUUUAUUUGUGCUAGGGGAUGGGUUGGUUAGGACUUUUCCUGGGAAAAGCAGAAGGCCGAAGACUGGGAAGGACAAAUCUCGUUUUCAACGUGGUAACCAGUACAGGGACUUCAAGCUGAACCACUUGCCUGACGAUUUGAUUGCGCCAUCUAUUAAGCAGAUCACAGACCCUAUCGAAGAUCUCGACCCCAUUAGUCAAGAGCACGAUGGCGGCAAUACCUUGGUUUUCAACCCUCGACCGCAACUUGCCGAUUCUGAGUAUAGUCCCGAGACUUACAUACCACAGGCUGAGAUAGAAUCAAGUGCACCUUACCAGCCGUUCCACACUGACAGGCGGGUGGGGCUAUAUGUAUAUGGCGACGGAUCUGCUAAUGUUACUGCUACUGCAACUUCUGUAUCAGAACAUUUGCAAGGUAUGACACUAGAGAAUACGCCGGGAGGCGGCAAAACAAAGCGGCCGUGGACACCUCCAAAACAGCCGUGGGCUUUCGGAGAAACCUUGAACGUGGAAAGGGUGAAUACGGGGAUAAUAAACUUCGAUGAGGAGGAUAUCAGCACCAGCGUCGAUGACCACCGCGCCUUGCCUGCCUCGGCUAUGGAGCGGGUCCUGCAAGUUGGCGAGAAUGAUGAGCAAAUUGUUGUCACGACCAGACGUCGUAGAGGCGGAAAUAGGUCCGCAGACGCUGAUGAGGAUGGAUUCUUUGAAGAUGAUUGCGAAGUACUUGACUUUGCGGACCAGAGGGUUUGAAUUGCCGAAUUCGAAGGAAUCGGUCCUGUUACUUGUUGUAUAGGCGUCUUGGUUCAACACUGGAGUUGGAUUCUCAGACUGCGCAAACACGUGCGAGAGGCAACAGACGAAACUACAUUUACGAACACAUCCUGUUAGACCCUCGCUCAUCUGCUUUGGAUUCGGAAGGGAUUGGCCGGGUGGGUUUGGCGUCUCUUGCAUACAUAUUAUUGCAUUACAGACACGAAAUAUAUAGUCCUAUCAAUACGGAGCUGAGCACGUAACUCAAUUAGAUACCGUCAAAUCACCUCUGGCA